UGUACGCUAUAAUGGCUAGUGGUUUCGCAGUGUGAAAAUGUGUCUUUAGUUUGGACUCGUAUUGAAAGGCUGGAUUGAUAGCCCUCUUGUAUGCAUAUAUUAGUGGAAAGAGUAACAUAACUAAAAGUGAGACUUGAAUUGACAUUUUUACAAGCUACCAGUUUCAAUGUCCAAGCAAAGGCGCACAGUCUCCACUUCCUCCACUUCUUGCGAAGAUAUGAGCACAGAAGUGAAGUUUCUAUGAAUUAUCUAGUGUCUUUUGUAGCCUGGAUGAGGCAGAAGUCCAGUGUGAAUCCUAAAAUCUAGUGAAAGCAAGAAGAAAAAAAUGAAUGGACAUUAAAAUUUAGUGCUGAGAACGGAGUACUUUCUAUAAAGAGAAGCAAGAUGAAUGAUGAUAAACAUGAACCCAUAGACAAAGAUGACUUGCAAGGAAGAGAGAUUGAUGCAGAAGUGCUAGUGAGCAAGGAUAGUGAAAGUAGUGCGCAAUUAAGUGACACAAUGGAUGUACAAACAGAGGAAGAAGUUGAAAAAAGGAACCUAAAGGGAAGCACAGUGGAGACAGAGCAUAUGGAACAGGGGAUGCAGUUAAAACAAGAUUCUGAUUCUGAAAAUGGAUUACUGUUAUGGUAUGAUGAACAGGAUGAUACGGGGAGCAGUAGUGUAGGGGUUCAAGAUGCAGAAUUACAUGAUGAAGAUACAACAUUAAGCAGUGCCGAAAAAAGUGACUUGCCAACAGAGGAGGAGGAAGAGGAGGAAGCAACAAAUUUAAGGGACAAUAAAGAUCAGCAUGUUGGUCAAUGUAAGGAAGAAAGUAAGCAAGCAAAGAUAAAAGAGGACACACACAAAGAUGACAAAGAAAACAUUAUGGCUGAAGAAGAAGAGAAGACACUGGAGAGUAAUGAAGAAGAGGACUUGCAGGAGAGUUAUAAAGAGAAAACUACAGCUGAUGAAGAAGAGGACAUGCAGGAGGCUGAGGAAGUGAACGUUUUGAAAAGUGAAGAAGAGGACAAGCAGGAGAGCAAUGAAGAUGAGAACAGGCAGGAGAGUAAUGAAGAGAAAACUACAGCUGAUGAAGAUGAAGAUACUCAAGAGGUUGACGAAGGGAAGAGUACAGCUAAUAAAGAAGAGAACAGGCAGGAGGCUGAGGAAGAUGACAUGCAGGAGGAUGAGGUGGAAAGUACUAUGGCUGAUGAAGAUGACAGGCAGGAGAGUAAUGAAAAGAAAACUACAGCUGAUGAAGAUGAAGAUACUCAACAGGCUGAUGAAGGGAACAUUAUGGCUAAUGAAGAAGAGGGCAGGCAGGAGAGUAGUGAAGAUGAGGACAGGCGGGAGAGUAAUGAAUUUGAGGACAGACAGGAGAGUACAGAAGAUGAGGACAGGCAAGAGAGUACUGAUGAGAAAACUACAGCUGAUGAAGGAGAAGAUAGUCAAGAGACUGAUGAAAGGAACAUUAUGGCUAAUGAAGAAGAGGACAGGCAAGAGGCUGAGGAAGGUGACAUGCAGGAGGAUGAGGAAGAAAACAUUAUGGCUGAUGAAGAAGCCGACAGGCAGGAGAGUACUGAAGAGAAAACUACAGCUGAUGAAGAUGAAGACAUGCAAGAGGUUGAGGAAGGGAACAUUACAGCUAAUGAAGAAGAGGACAAGCCAGGGGAUGAGGUAGGAAGUAUGGCUGAUGAAGAAUAUCACAAUCAGGAGAGUAAUGAAGAGAAAAGUACAGCUGAUGAAGAUGAAGACAUGCUAGAGGCUGAUGAAGGGAACAUUACGGCUAAUGAAGAAGAGGACAGGCAGGAGGCUGAAGAUGACAUGCAGGUGGAUGAGGAAGAAAAUACUAUGGCUAAUGAAGGAGAUGACAGGCAGGAGAGUAAUGAAGAGAGAGCAACAGAUGAUGAAGGUGAAGAUAGUCAAGAAGCUGAUGAAAGGAACAUUGUGGCUAAUGAAGAAGAGGACAGGCAGGAGGCUAAGGAAGAUGACCAACAGGAGGAUGAGGAAGAAAACAUUAUGGCUGAUGAAGAAGACGACAGGCAGGAGAGUACUGAUGAGAAAACUACAGCUGAUGAAGAUGAAGACAGGCAAGAGGUUGAGGAAGGGAACAUUACAGCUAAUGAAGAAGAGGACAAGCCAGGGGAUGAGGUAGGAAGUAUGGCUGAUGAAGAAUAUCACAAUCAGGAGAGUAAUGAAGAGAAAAGUACAGCUGACGAAGAUGAAGACAUGCUAGAGGUUGAAGAAGGGGACAUUACGGCUAAUGAAGAAGAGGACAGGCAGGAGUCUGAAGAAUCUGAUAAGCAGGUGGAUGAGGAAGAAAAUAUUAUGGCUAAUGAAGAUGACAGGCAGGAGAGUAACGAAGAGAAAACUACUACAGAUGAUGAAGAUGAAGAUACUCAAGAGGCUGAUGAAGGGAAUGUUAUGGUUAAUGAGGACAGGCAUGAGUAUGAAGAAAACAUUAUGGCGGAUGAAGAAGAUGACAUACAGGGAAGUAAUGAAGAAAGAAAUACAGCUGAAGAUGAUAGGCAGGAAGCUGAGGAAGAGAACAUGCUGGAGGAUGAGGACAAAAACAUCAUGGCUGAUGAGGAAAAGGAUAUGCAAAUGUCUGAAGAAGAGAGUAGGCAGGAGAGCAAAGAAGAGAACACAAAUAAAGAAGAUAUUGCUGAAAAGUCACCGGUUCUUGGACAGAAACACAGGAAGAGGAUGCCUAGUUUAGACGGUUUAGAAAUUAAGAAAACAACACCCGAGAGGAACAGUCCCAACAGCGAUGCUGAAAGAACUCCACCAGAUAAUUCUGGGGAAGUUCAGACAUCAGGUGAAUGCCAAAUCACCAGAACAUCACCAAUUAUUGGCUCUAGAUUAAAGGAUACCACCGGCAGCCCAUUUAAGCCUGAUGUAACGGGCCUGACAGCAGAAGAUACAUGCAACCUUGUUAUUACAUCUGUAAGGGGAAAGGUUGCAGACUUUACAUAUGGUAACAAAAAUUCUCAAACAGCAGUAGAUGAUAAAGAAUUAGCUUCUGGAUCUUCAGAUAUAAGGAAUAACAAAUCAUUAACUUCUGUGGAGAAGAAUAUUGAAUGUGUAGAGAUAGUUAGUGAAAGUGAAGAGGAAAAUGUAUUUGAGGAAUGUAAAGCUGUUGUUUGUAAGAAAUGUCGAAGCAUUUGGACUGAGAAAGUUUUGCAUACAAUCUUUAAGGGCAGUGAAGCAGUGACUGUCAAAUCAAAAAUAACUUUUGGAGCUAUUGUCUUAAUCAAUAACUGGGCCCAUAGACACAUCCAGUACAACAAAGAGACAGCUGUGAGAAACAUGCUAGAGAGAGCUGAUCUAGGUAAAAAUAUCAAGGGCCUGGAGAUAGGUGAUCUUAGUCAGUGGCUUUUCGAACUUAUGGACAAAGGCAAGAUAAAAUGCUGUGCAGUAUUUGAUGCCAUAUAUAAGCCAGAACCUAUCAAAGUAUCAUUGAGCUCUCUGAAAAAAGCUAAAGGAGCUAGCAGUGAGGCCAAAAGAACAUCUAGUAAAGAUCAGGAUGAUAGUGAAAUGUCAAAGAAGAGGCCAUUGCAGUUUGAAGAGGAAAAAUUACCAGAUUCACAUGAUUUCUCAAAAGUGCCAGAGGUGAGCGAGGAAGCUAGUGCUAAGAAGGAAAAGAAAGAUGGGUUGGCAGAUAUAUCAUAUGUGCAGGACCAUAGGUCACCAGAAAGAGCACAAACAAUUAAAGAAAAGGUUAAUGAAACACUAGAACAGAAAUCAGAACCAGAUGCAGAAAUUUCCCGACUUAGUCCAAGGCAGUCUGAUGAAGUUACCACUGAGCAAGAUGAAAGUUUAUCCGAGUCUCGUUCUUUCAGUCCUGAGACACAGUCCAAGGCAGUUCUGACUGAUGACCAAGUAUCUACAGGAGAAGAGGUUUUAUCUGAAGCAGAACCAUCACAGGCAGAAGAGGUUGGCUAUGUAUAUGAGGAAGAUAUGGAAGUUAGUGACCAUGAAGAGGGUGAGAAUGAUCAGAAUGUUGCUGCAACACUAGCACACAGACAGGAGGAGGACGCUGAACCAGAUUUGCAAAUGACAAAAGAGAGAGAGAUGUCAGGAACUGUAGAAGAAGACAGUCAGUCUUUGUUAUGCAAAAAGCUUGGUUUAGAUCUUCAUAAUAUUGAUAUUAGUUGUUCUAGUAGUGACAUGAAAAGGGCCAACAAUGGAACUGUGGCAAAGCAAGUUUCAGUUGAAGAGGAGGUGUCUCAUGCUCACAUUACAUUGUUAAAGGAACGGUCUGCUUUACAUGGGUUUGCAAUGGAAGCGUUUGAUCUGUUGCCCUUUGAGGCAGAAAAUUUCUAUGACUCUGUACAGAAUGAUGAUUCUGCUCAACGCUUCAUGACAAAUCGUGAAUUACUGACACUGCACAGCAUUUUCAUUCUAGAUGCAGAGCUCCCCAAUGCUGAACUCUUUUAUCAAGUUUUGAUUCAGAUUCUAAUGAGUCGUAACCAGGUCUUGCUUGUCCCUGACAGCCGAACUUUGCUGCAGGUCCUUGAGAAGUUGCGGCGAGAUUUCAACAGAGCAAAAGUGGGGAAGUCAUAUAGUGAGUUCUUAGCACAAAAUUGGGACAUGAGAAAUGUUUAUAGUGCAGAGACUUUAUGGAAUAGCAAAAGAGGCUAUCCUAAUAAUCCAAGUAUAAGAAAUGUUUUGUCUAUUUUUUGCUUGUGGAAGAACAUUGGCAAGCAGUUACCUGAUUUCUAUCCUUCUUUAGCCAUACAAGAAAUGUGUAAAUUCACUGAUUUAAGCAGCACAGACAAACUUGGAAUGUGUGUCAGACUGUAUGCAAGAUUUUGCACUUUCUUAUACAAAGAAAAUCACCCAGAAUUAGCAGAACUUUUCCUUGACCAAAAAUUCACAAUAUCCAACAUCUCUGUUUCAAGAGAUGCUUUGAUCAAUAGUAUGAAGUGCCAAGCUUCAGAGAAUCAAAGGAUAGAAGCUUCACUUACUAGUACAGAAACAGAAGUUAGACAGGCAAUGCAGAAUUGCACAGAAGCAGAGAAAAUGGCCUUGCGUUCAGAAAAUCCCAAAACUCUGAGACACUUCCAGAGACUCCUGAAACAAUUUGAACAAAAGCUAGACCGAUACAAAGACACAAAUGCUGAACUAGUGAAGAGAAUUAGAGUAGCUGAAGCCAAGAAAGAAAAGCUAGUGAAUAAGAUAAAAGAUCCAAACCUGAAAGAAUCGUUGCAUGAACUUACUGAUGGUUUGAAUACCAUUUAUCGCAAGAGAAAAAAUAGUUCACUCUGUGAAGCUGAUCAAAGAAGUGCAAAGUUGGCAAGGAUGGAGUCAGAACCAUGUGAAGUUGAGGAAAGUACAAAGGAAGUCAUUCAUAACAUCCUUGCAAAGGGAGUUAAGCCAGAACUAGUGAGGACUGUCAUUCAGACCAUAAUGAAGAAAGUAACUGGAGAGAGUGCCUUAAAUCUGCCUGACGUCUUUUGGAUCAGAAAAUACGCACAGGAUAAUGGUUUUCAGUCUACAGUGAGUUGACGCAAGCUGAGCCUCUUGAAUGUAGGUUAUACAAUUUUAUAAAUAUAAAGGAAUAUUGAUGAAUAUUACUUUAUUUUUCUCAAGAAGUACUGUAUCAGUAUGAGUAAAAGUCACUAAUCUUUAUUAUACUUUGUAAUAGGGGAGAUAAAAAAUGUAACUAUAGUUUGCAUUUUUCUCUUGUGAUAUCAAAGAUCUCAUGUAAAUACAUAAUUCAUCAUCCUUGUGUAUGUAUAUGUUUAUGUACAUGUAAUAUAUUGUAUUUAUGCAUAUCAAACAGGCUAUUGUAUAAAUGUCUAUACCUACACACACUGUAGGCAUCUUAAGGUGACUUGAGAUACAAGAGGCUAUAAUGAAAGGGAGAGGACAGGAUUACCUUAAUUCUUUUUGCAGAAAUGUUUCUCUUACACUCUCUUGUUAAGAAAUUUUUUAAAUAACCACAAGUGCUUCCAAGUUUAACUCUCUCUUUAUCUGUGAAAAUUGAAGUAGUCAGCCCUAUUCUUAGGCUCUCCUUUGAGAUACUUUCAAAAUAUGUUUGCAAAGGUGACUUGGUUUGAAUGAGAGACAGAGAGGAAUAGGGAAUAAAGGAUAUAUUUUAAAAACAAACUGCUAUACUUGUUCUCUUUGGUAUCUCUUAAUGUUUUGAAGUCGGUGUACCACUGGUUUGGCUUAAAUUUUUACCUUUUUACAAUUUCAUUAUUCACGGUAUUGAUACAACUUGACAAUCAUAUCUUCAUGGUUAAUAUUUUCGUAGCAUAAUUUUUUUGUGUGUAUACUUGGUUAUAUGUAUGUUAAAUGUUCUUCAUAAUAUUGGAAUCUAUACAGCUUUUGAAGCAGACGUUAUGAGUCAUACAGUAUGAAUCAUAAAAGAAGAGUUAGACAUUUG